AACAACUGUUUAAUUUCCCAAUUUGUCGCCGACUCUCUCUCCGACCUAAAAUCACCGGUGAUUCUCCCCGGAAUCUUUCUUUAGGUCACCGUCAAGCAUCUCUCCUUCACAGAAGAAACUCACUGUUCCUCAGAAGAAUAUGGUUUUGGAAUAAACGAUGAUAAAACGAUCCAGUAACUGCGCUAUUUGCGAGAAUACUAAUCGUGCUUGUAUCUGUAGUGCUUGCGUUAAUCAUAGAUUGAUUGAGUAUAACACUUUGUUGAAGUCACUCAAGACUCGAAGAGAUUCUUUAUUAUCAAGAUUGAGUCACCUAUUGGAAUCUAAGGGUAAAGCUGAUGAUCAGAGGAAUUGGAGAUUGAUUCAAAACGAGAAGCUUUUGAAGUUGAAGAAGAAACUUAAGAGUAAUAAGGAAUUGGUUACUCAAGGGAAGGUUAAGAUUGAUAGAGAAACUUGUGGUCUUAAAGUUAAAUAUGGAGUUCUUGAUUCAGCUCGUUCCACGCUUGAGAAAAUUAGAGUUGAACAAGUGGAGAAGUAUUUUCCUAAUCUAAUAUGUACUCAGAGCCUUGGUCAUAUGGCGAUUUCAUCUGAGCGUCUUCAUAAGCAGUCGGUGGUUGUGAAACAGAUAUGCAAAUUGUUUCCUUUACGCCGAGUUAGUUUUGACGGAGAGAGUCAGAACGGUUCAGUUCGUCAAUAUGAUGUAAUUUGCAAUUCACGUCUCCCGAGUGGUUUGGACCCUCAUUCCAUCCCAUCAGAAGAGCUUGCUGUCUCUUUGGGGUAUAUGGUCCAACUUCUGAACCUUGUUGUUCAAAACGUAGCCGCUCCUGCACUACAUAGCUCAGGUUUUGCGGGCUCUUGCUCCCGUAUUUGGCAACGAGAUUCCUAUUGGGACACACGUACCUCUACUCGAAGCAAUGAGUAUCCUCUCUUCAUACCCCGCCGAAAUUAUUGUUCAACCAGCGUUGAAAACUCAUGGACAGAUAAAAACUCCAGCAAUUUUGGUGUUGCUUCCAUGGAAUCCGAUAGAAAAGAACCGCGUCUGGACUCUACUGGACGCAACAGCUUUAAGUACUCCUCUGCUUCUCCUCAUUCAAUUGAAUCACACAGAGAUCUACAGAAAGGGAUAGCUCUUCUCAAGAAAAGUGUUGCAUGCUUAACAGCGUAUUGUUACAAUUCACUUUCCCUCGAACUACCUCCCGAGGCCUCGACUUUUGAAGCAUUUGCCAAGUUAUUGGCCACACUUUCUUCAUCGAAGGAGGUCCGGUCUGUUUUCUCCCUGAAAAUGGCUUCCUCAAGAUCAUGCAAGGCUCAACAACUCAACAAAUCCAUAUGGAACGCUCACUCAGUCAUCUCAAGCUCUUUACUUGAAAGUGCACAUCUUCCGAGGAACACAAGUUAUAACCAGGAUCCAAACUCAGCAGCCAGUUAUCUGUCUGCAACCGAAUCAUCAACCCGAAAGAACAACGAUAUGAACGGAUGGGAUUUGGUGGAGCAUCCUAAGUACCCGCCACCACCUUCACAGUCCGAGGAUGUUGAACACUGGACUCGCGCUAUGUUUAUCGAUGCCAAGAAGAAAUGAAAGGUUGAUUCUUGCUUGUUGAGUGAAGCGAACACUUUGGUAUAUAUCUCUUACAAUGUACAGAAACACAGAACAUCGGUUAGAUUCUCUAUUAGUCUAUUUGUCUUGCGUUUAAGAACCGAAC